AUGUUGCCAUGGAAACAGGGGGUGGAGGAGAGCGCGCCUUCAGCUCAGUGUGUCUCUGCUCUCAGAGAAACAGAUCAGCUCGACAAACUGGAAGGAGACCCUCCAUUAGGUGAGCAGCUUUUUAUUUUACUGAUGGGCUUCAGGUGAGAUGAUGAAGUCAUCGAAGUGACGGACACACCUGACAGGGACUCGUGUUACAGUCACAGAGUGAAGUUUCUUCUCUAGUCCUGAGGCUCUGGGGGUGUUUUAGUUCUCUGGUUAUUGUUUACUGCCUCUGUGAGGAUUGUGUUGCCUGUUGUAGCUCAUUUUUUGUGUGUUUAUCGUUCUAUUAAAAUUUUUGCGUUAUAUUAAUGAGAGGAGUUCUUACAACACCUGUGUUCUAUAAUUUUUAAUUAGUUAUUAUUUCAAAGUGAGGAUUUAUGAGUUGUGUACCAAAGUGUUUUUCUGGUCCAUUCAAUAAGAAACUGCAGGGAGAACCAGCACGCAAACUAGGAUACAGUUUUCUGCAGACAGCGCCAACUGUCACGUAAUUUAGCUAAUUUUGAGAGUCUUUGUAGACGUAACACAUAGAUGUGCUUUUCUGCAUCCAGCUAAUCAGUUUAUUAUGUAUGCGUCACUGAUAUGUUGUGAAUUCUGAUAUUUUUGCAGCUCAGAUUUACAUAAAAUUAAGAACCAACCGCCUCAGAUUAGCCUGCAGACACGUUGAUGUGUGUAGGGUUUGUUAUUUCAGCUUCAGUGGCGAACAGAGUGUGUUCUGAGAAGCUGAACAGAUCCUGUGGGCCAUGGUUCGAGUCAUUAUGCUGUAAAAAAAAAUCACCAAGAGCUGAACUCUUAGCCAUUCAGCUUUUCUGACUGAACUCUUAAGUGUUGAAGAAAGUAGGAAACAAAGUUUGUGAACCAACAGUUUUACACCAGUCCUCUUUGUGUCCUGCAGCUUUGUGUUUAAACAUGGAGUCAGAGGACGGAGACUGCGUCCAGCAAGUAGAGAAAAUCACCCUGAGGAGGAAGCUGACAGGCCCACCGAGGCUGCUGCUGCCUAGAAGAACUAGGACCAGGAGCUCAGACCAAACCAAGACCCGGAAUAACAACAAGUCCUCACUCAAGUCUCCGGAGACAGACGACAUCAGCCAAGAUGUUUUAUCUGCAGUGGACGAAGAGAACUCCAGGGGGGCAGAUGGUGAUGCCAGAAACAGGAAGGUGAGGAAACGAAGGUGGUGGAGGAGGUUCUCACCUGAGCUGAUCUGUGUCAGGAGGUGGAGGACAGAAGAUGAGGACAGUUUGGAGAAGAGGAAGAACAGUUGGUGUUCUCCACCAGAGGAGGUGCUGCAGGAGACAAGCAGCACUGCACCAAAUGACACAAACAAAGAAGAAAACAGUGAAGAGGUCUCCACAGGGAGGAACAGGUUUAAAGUGAAGACCUGGUCCAGGAUCAGAGGGUUCCUGACCCAGAGGAGAGACUCUGCAGACAGAGACGAGGACGGGGAUGAACUUCCCGUGAGCUUCAGGAAAAAACUGCGAGACUUCCUGAGCAGGAAGUCCACAUGGGAGGAUGAAGAGGAGAUGCAGCGGCGUGAAGACGUGCAGGGUGCUCCUGCUGCUCUGACCAGGGAGGAGACUGGAGGAAGUCUGGAGAAGGUGAGAGCUGAGGUGAGUGAUGAACCACAGAGAACCGAAACACAAGCCCUGGAGGAGGAGAUGGAGGAGGUUGGGAAACAAACAGAUAAUACUCAUGGUGAAGAUUUCCAGGAGGUCCCACCACCAGAAGGAGAUCAAGAGGAGAAGAUUGAUCCCGUCCCAUCAUGCCUCCUUCAGCCUAACGGACCUUCCAUCCUUAUCCAGCUGGUUCCUCCGGACGAUCCGUCUCUGGCUGAUGAAGACGAGGAGGUCUGGGAGGUCAGCUCCUCCUUAGAGAACCACAGUCUCCUCCUCCUGCUCCUCACCUCAGAGCCCGGAGAGCAGCAGCUAAUUCAGACAGCUCGUUCUCUAGUCAGAGCUGCCAUGAGGGCAGCCGUAGAUCAGCUGAUCAGAGAGCAGAGAGGGUUGGGCGGUGAGCUCAGAGAGACGCUCGCUGCUCAAAGGGUCAUCCAGACUUUAAACUGA